GAGGAGACCACGUCUACCAUCUAGUGCCUGGGAUCCCGGUGUGGUUGAACCUGGAAGGGGUAAAGGAUCUUCAUAGUCUUGCCUUGGGUGCUGCCUGACCACCGCUGCAAGCCCCCCCACCCGACCGCCCCCCAGGCCUGCUACCAGGACAGCAUGAGCGAGCAGGAGAGGGAGACGGAGGAGGAUGAGGAAAGUGGCACCUCGGACACAGCACCCAUGCUGCCUGGAAGACUUUCCCACUGCCAGGCCUCGGCCUUGACAGGCCCCAGAAGGCCCGGCUUGGCGCCCCCAGGCCUGGGGACCUGGCUGCUGCCCGGCCGAGCCCUGGCUGGGCUCCUGCUCCACCUGCUGUUGCCUGGGACAGUCUUCCUGCUGGUGCUGCUGCCCGCCGCUGCUGUGGUCUAUGUGGGAUUCCUGUGCCAUUCCAGGGUGCACCCUGCGCCGAGCCCCCGGUGCCGCCCGCUGCUCUCGGACCGGGGCUCCGCCGCCCUCAUCGUGCUGGGCUUCCUCUCGCUGCCGCCGCUGCUGGUGCUCGCCUCGGCUGCCCGCGCCCGCCUGGUCCGGCGACUCCGCGCGCUGCUGCCGCCCGCGGCCCGGACCCCAGGACCCCGCCGCCCGCCGGGGCCCGGCGACCCCGGCCCGGGGGACGGCCGCCCGGACGAGGGGGAGCGGCUCUGCGCCUGGGUGUGA